AUGAUCGAAAAGUUACGUUUGAAGUAUCGACUCAAAGUGGUUCAGAAUCUAGAAGAUAAUCAGAUGCGAAGCAUCAUCAAGAGUGUUGGUUCGGAAUGUAAGUUCUCGAGUGAGGAAUUGGAAACGUUGUAUAACGUUAUAAAGGUAUGUUUGUGCUAG